AUGCUAGAUUCGCUAAUAGACAACGAUAAAAAAAUUGCACCAUUGGAAAGUUUUCAAUUUUAUAAACGUACCCAAAGAGACGGGGAAACCAAUUUAGAAUUUCUAAAUUCACUAAAAUCUUUGGCACUUAAAUGCAACUUCAAAGAAAAAUAUGAAGAGAACUUAAAAAUGCAAAUAAUUAAUGGUUUAGAAAGCAAAGAUAUCACGACAAAGUUAUUACUCGAAGAAGAUAUGGGUAUAGAGGAAAUUGAAAAACUCCUUCGAACCAUGGACUUGAUAGACGAAAAGGAAAAAACAAAAGGUAUAUUUUAUUGUCAAGCCGGAAAGGAACAAGAGGAAGACAAAAUAGAAAAUAAGGAAAUAAACUAUAUACAAGACAAUAAAAGGUAUAAUAGUAAUAAUAAUAAUAAUAACAGAGCUCAGGAACGCUACAGUGACAAUUAUUAUCCCCACCAAACGAGAUUCGAUAACAGAUUUACUAGAUAUAAUAAUUAUGACAACUCGAAUUAUGGAAGAUAUAAUAACGUUAAUCCGCGGUACAAAUAUGAUAAUGAUAACAAAUAUUAUAAUAAUGAUAACAAAUAUAAUAAUAAUGACAACAAAUAUAAUAACAAUGAUAACUACCGACAUAAAAAUUGGUACGACAACAAUAAUUAUUAUCAUAAAAAUAAGUAUCAAUAUUCUUACGAUAAGACAAGGGGAAAUUACAACACCAACAAUAAUAACUUUAAAUACAACGACAAUCAAUAUUACAGUCAGACAAAAAAAACUUGCUUCAAAUGCGGUAGCGAUAAACAUCUGAUUAAAUAUUGCGAUCAAAGAGACAAAGAGGAAGAUAUAUGUAAAUAUACUCGAUGGAUAUCAAAUCUUGUAAAGAAAAAUUCAAAAUCAAUUUAA